CGUCCGCCUGACUUUGCUGUUCAGCGUUUCCCCGCACAUUUACACUACCGUGCAUCGCCUUCACGAUGUCGUCACCAUGUCCGUGACGAUAAGGAACCGCGAAAGCUUUGACAACACCAGAUUGUGCAGGGCGCACGCAUUCUUCAAUAUAAUAAACACCAGCAGCUCCAGGAAUGCUUGUCGCUCAGAAUAGCUUAUAAUCCAUACGGGACUCUAAUAACUUCAAAUCCUGCUCUCACUUUCAAAAUCGCCAAAACCCUCGCAAUACGGAUCAGCAGUCAUGGCCAACAGCCUCGAGAAGGUGAAAAACAAAUGGAACGAGUACGCCGAGCGCUUUACGGAGACGGCGAACAAGCGCAUGACGCUGCAGUGCUCGCAGCAUCUGCACUCCCACAUGCAGCUCGACAAAGCCCAGAACGUCCUCGAGGUCGCGGCUGGCGCUGGAUUGGGCUCACUUGACAUCGUCCAGUAUCUCCUUGAUGGCCGUUCAAAGCUUCCUAAAGACGGCAAGCGGACGUUCACAGUCACAGACUUGUCGCCCGUGAUGGUCGAUUUGGCUACAAAGAACUUCAGUGGUGUUGGCACGGAAAGCGUCGAGGUCGAGUGCAAAGAAGCAAACGGCCAAGACCUCACGGAAGUAGCCACUGGCUCCGUGGACCGCUACAUUGCCAGUCUAUGCCUACAGCUCGCUCCAAGCCCGGAUGAUCUGCUUCGGGAGGCGAGUCGCGUCUUGACUGCUGACGGUAUUGCGGGCUUCACUAUCUGGGGAUCUCCGGAUCGCAGCGGCAUGUUUACUAUUACCUCUGCAGCGAACAAGGAGAUGGAGUUCGAGGAGAAUGCGGGCGAGCACACCAACUUUGCCAUGGGCAAAGACCUCCCUGCGCUGCGCAAGCGGUUCGCUGUGGCAGGGUUCAAGAACGUGCAGAUCUGGCCGUACCAGUGCGUGGUGGAGCUUUGGAGCGGCGAAGACUUCGCUGUGCUCCACCAGGAUAUGUACCCUCUCGGGGACGACGAGCUGAAGGCCAAGAGAUUCGCAAUUGUUAAGCGCAUGGCCGAUGAAUGGCUCUCCAAGGGCACCCCGAUCGGUCUGGAGACCUACAUCAUCCUUGCCAGAAAGUAGCAACGAGAAGAUUUAAGAAUUUAGAAUUCUAGUUCGAGGAUUCUGGAAUCUGAAACUUUACUUCAACACGGCGUGUUGGAUAAACGCGAUUUGCAAGCGAAGUGGUGGGAAUCGCCUGUCGAUUAACUUGAUGUAUUGGAUGCAUGCAAGGAUCGCAUGGAAUGAGAACGGAGUGGUAGCUAAUGCUCUUCCUGUGUCACGUUUGGCAUGAUUCGUGUGCAAUUGAAUCUAAAGAGUUUUGCCUAAGCGUUAAACUUGCCUAUAUCGUUCAAAUAGACAACGUAGAGCGGUGCAAGCCCCUCCGAUACAUGUACACG